GAAAUGUUCUCAACCCAUAGCAGUGUGGCACAGCUGAAGCCUAGCACUAUACUGGAGUAUGUUGAAGAGGCUGAAGAGCAACACUGGGCACAGGGAGAUGUGGGAGAGUUGUUUUCUGGGUCGCAUGAGCAGCAGGAGUUGGAGACACAAAGCCUGGGAUCAAUGCUUCUGGGCCAAAGCACUGCUCUCAGAAAAAUCCAUGCCUACUUCAGCCAGCUAGAGUCCAGAAAAUGCUGUCUUCAUCUGGCAUGUCAGCGGUCGACUUCCAACUCCAUGCGUUUU